AUGAGAGUGCGCCAGCUUUCCUCGAAAUCGAAUGGAUCGUCGAAAUCAAGUGCAAACGAAACGUUGACGAAGACGCCAGAGAACAAACUGCAAAGAGCGGGAUCAGCAAAGUGCCCGAACUCAGCUCGUCGCCUUGAGCGCAAAUCACUGAUGGAAAGUUUUGGGCAAGCCUCGUCACCAGCUUUCCAGUUGAACAAGGGCUUCAUGAAGAAACCAAUAACCAAAAAAGCUCUGAAGCGACCAUUGACAAUCAGCCCGAGCAAAUUGGUUCAAAAAGAAUUCAACGAAUGCUUCAAAUCAGUCAACAAUUAUCUGAAAUCUGAAAAUAAUGACGACUUGAAAAAACUCGUUGUCUACGGAUGGAAUCAAAGUGAUCUAGCGAAUGAAAUCUAUGCGAUCAUAAUCAAGCAAUCUCGAGGAAAUCCAGAAGUAAAGGAAUCUCUUCAAAGGGGACUUGAGCUUGUAGCAAUUCUUCUGUUCUUUACUGCUCCUUCUUUGACGUUGUCGGACGUGAUUCUCGAAUGGCUGGACGAAGUCGCUGCAACAGCCGCAAAUGCAAUUGGCGAAACUCAGCUGGAGAAAAUUUGCAGAAGUCACUUAGAGAAGAUUUUAACAAAGGGAAAUCGACGAGGAUUAGUGGAGCCAAGCAUGAGCGAAAUUCUUCAAGCAAAACGUCAUCUUUACCAUGAAAGCAUGUUCGGAAUCAGUCUUCAGAAGCUGCUUGUUAUUCAAAAAGAAAAGUUUCCUGAGUUGGAGAUUCCUUGGAUUCAAAAAGAACUUACCAAAGAAAUUAUCCGCCUUGGUGGAUUUACUACUGAAGGGAUUUUUCGGUUGCCCGGAGAGAUUGAUAAAGUUCAUGCUCUUAAAACUCAGGUCGAAGAUUACGAAAUCGUCGAUACCUCUUCUGUUGAUUGCCAUGUUGCCUGUUCUUUGCUGAAACUGUGGUUUCGCGAGCUCUCAGAACCCAUUUUCCCGCUUUCCAUUACGGAGGAAAUACUUGAUUGCUCUGAAGACAUGGAAUCUUCAAUAGCGAUCGUUGCGAAACUUCCGGCUGAAAAUCAAGCAACGCUAUUGCAUCUCAUCCGAUUCUUACAGACAUUUACCAAGCCAGAGAUCGCGCUGAAGACAAGAAUGGACUCGUCAAAUCUGGCAAUGGUGAUGGCACCGAACCUAUUUCGCCCAGUGUCGGACGAUCCAAGAGCGUUGUUAGAUAACAGUCGACGCGAAAUAAACUUGCUGAGAAAUCUUAUCGAAGGUCUCGACACUAAAGACGCGGCAGGUUACGAUUCUGACUUCCAAAUCGACAUCGUUUAG